AUGUUCCCACGGUGGUUCAUCCUCCAACCCGUGCAACGUCGGCUGAAACCGAUCCCGCACGAAUGGCUCCGCCUCCCGUCCAUGAAGAUGGCUCGGGCUUCCGCUUCGGCAAGCCUCGUAGACGGGAAGAUAUACAUGUUUGGAAGGCUUGGGGACGAGGCUGACUCCUCAAACUCGGCAGAGAGUGGUGGUAGAUGGGUGGAUGAGGAGGACCAAAUCUUCGCCUACUCACCAUCUACAGGUAUGUUUUUUCCAAACGGGAAAAUAGAUUCCAAGGCAGGACACAUGAACGAUUGGUGUCUCAUUGGGGAUUUCUUGUUCUGUCCUGUUGCCGACAGGAGAAUACUGCGGUGUGAGCCUGAUGAAUUGAAUUGGAAGAAAGUCGAGGGUUUGAAAGAGCUCCGUGAUCCCAAUACCAAGCUCAGAUAUGAUAUCACAAAACUCACCUUGAAUUCUGCGGGGAGCAUUGUCAUCUUCUGGACUGCGCAGCUUCAAGAUCAUGAGAGUUUGUGGGAGCUUUGUUCUGCUGAGAUUUCCCUGCAAAUACGCAACGGAUGCGAGAUGUGGGGAACCAUUCAGUGGGCCGCGCCCGUCUUGGAUCCUCUCUCACACCCUUACGACGUCAAGGUCUUGUAUUCGACUUCUGUAUAUGUCUGA